UGCGGAUGAAAAUGGACCGGCCUCUGAGGUGAGAAUCUCUUACGCGACGGCAGUACGGGAUCCAAUCCAUGGACCACGACUGCACACCCAGGCCGUUUCUUUCUCUGAUGCGGUCGACGUGGGCUCUUCCGGAACGCUUAAUGGAUUCUCUUCGGUGGCUUUCUCUGUCGACGACUUAGAGAUCCUCUCCCACCCCUUCCGGUAUCCUCUAGUUGGUACGUUCCCCUUCGGUCGUCCCCCCCUUUCUGCAAUUCGAAAAGCAUUUGAGGCCUUAGGGUUUUCUCAACCCUAUUCGGUCGGGCAACUUCAUUCGAACAUUAUCCUUGUUAAUUUCAAAUCGGAUCUCGAUUUUCAUAGACUAUGGGAAAAGAGUUCUUGGGAUUUUUUUGGGUUCCAGAUGGUUGUGACGAGAUGGACGCCUGCGUUUUCCGUUGAGCGUGACUGUCCAGUUGCUCCCGUCUGGAUCUCCCUCGAGGGACUUCCCAUCCACCUACAUGAUUUACGGGCUCUUAAAACUAUUGCAAAGCUUCUGGGGAAUCCCAUCAGAAUUGAUACCCCCACUGCUAACUUCUCCCGACCUUCCAUAGCUAGAUUAUGCAUUGAAAUGGAUAUUUCUGUUGAACUGCCAUCAAAAAUAUGGAUUGAAAAUGGUUCAAAUGGGUUUUUCCAGACUCUUGUGUACGAAAAUUUACCUCUCUUUUGUCACAUAUGCUCUCGAUUUGGCCACAAUAGCUCCGUCUGCCCCACAUGAACUGCUAAACCGGUGCUGAACUCAGAACAGGUUUUGGAUGCUACUUGUAGUGCCCCUAUUAUGGUUAAAAAACAGGCCAAAGUCCCUUCCCUUGUGACUGAUUCGAACAAUGUUGUGGUUGUAAUCAUAGAAGUUGGGGAUGCUUUAUUGGAUCCUAAUUCAACAUGUAUUCGUGAUGCUAUUGACGCCCCUGUUGCCCCUGGUAAGAACGUUUUAAGUGCCCCCGUUAUUGAGUCUGCUGCUGUUGCCUCUUCUCUUCCUGUAACUGAGUCUGCUGCUGCGGCCUCUCCUCUCACUGAUCUUGCUAUUAAUGAGGCCCAGACAAGCUCAAUUCAGCCUGCAUUUGAGCCUGGUGAUGCUUUUGGUGUUCCUUGUGCUACUGGAUCUGUCCAUCCAGUUCUGAGUGCUGUUAGUACCCCUGCUGCACAUCCAGUUCUGAAUGCUGUUAGUGAAACCCCUGUUAAGGCUGCCUUUGCACCCAAAAUUACAGAAGUUGGUGCUCCAUGUGCCCCUGUAAAUGUGUCUGGUGCUGCAGCCUCUGCAGACGUUUCUGCUUUUCAUGACACUGCAGGCUCUGCUGCACAACCAGCGCCUGUUGAGGCGACUACCAAUGAUGUUGCUAAUUUACAAGCUGAAAAUCUAGCUACUGUCCUGAGUAAUGUGGCCCCUAACCAUGUUCCUACUAAUUUCCCUGUUACAGUUGCCUCUUAUUUUUCUGUUUUGGAAGCAGAUUCGCCAUCUGAACACACUGAUGCCCCCUGUGAUGACACAAUUCGUGCUGAGGUUUUUGUCCAACACCCAAUGGCUCAUGAUGAAACCCUGGCGGCCACCCUAAAUGUGGCGGUAACCGAGGUAUUUCAUCAACCGGCUACCUAUGGUGCUGGCAAAGUUUUGAUUGAUGCCCGAAAAGGAAAUGAAGAGAACCUCUCUGAUCCAAUGCUUGACUGUCCGGAUACUACACCUGACCCAUUCAUGUCCAGUGAUGAAAUCAUUUCUGAGGACACCCAAACACUAACUUUUUCUAUUUCAGGUCAAUAGAGAUCGACGAAGAAAACCUCAAAGGAUUUACUCAGGUUCAAACACGAAGAAGCAAAUACUCAAACUCAAAAAUCUCACUUAAUGAAGAAGCAGAAGAUGUACAACUAUUCUAUGAGGUGGGAUAUUCAUCUCACCCUAUGAUCACCAGGAGCCACUCAAGGAGACCCCAAAAUGAAACAGACUACUAUCUCUACCCAGUUGACGAGAGGUUCGACUCACCACACAAAUUACAAGCAGCUCUUCAACGCUUCAAAUUGACUCACCCAGAGGAAACGACUUAUAGGCCUUAUCUCAAGAGAGCCAUCAGUGGUGGCUUGUUAGGUGUGAGGCAUCUUGUUUGACUGAAAGGGAGCUUUGGAGAGACACGUGAGUACUACUAGCAUAGGUUCAGGUGGAAAAUUUGGCAAUUUUGCCUCUUAAAAGUGUCACGUGGAAGUUGAUGAAGGGUCAAGUCUGUUGAAAGUUGUGCCAGAGUUGUCCAUUCCCAUAGAGUCAGCUGUAUGGACUCUUGGUUGCUUGGGUUCCCAUUUUCGAAAAAAUAAAAAAUAUACUCCUCACAUCCCGUGUAUUUAUGUCUUGGAAAACUCAAGCUGUGUCUUGGUACAUAGAGGCAAAGAUAUACUCAGCCGAUUCUUCGCAAUGUGAUGUUUUCUCGUUCAAGUUGCUCUCCUUAUGGAUUAUGGGCCUUUAAUUUUUUUCAAUUGUUGGAACUGAGACCUGUCUUCUCUUUCAAUUGUAAAUGGAUGCUAAAGCUUUAAUUACAUCUCGAGAGUUAGCUGAAUUUAAUAAUCAGACAUUCAGACCCUUGAUGCAAUGGUGCCCAAGGGAUCAUUGGAAAGGCUUAUAUGGCUGAAAUGGUUGAGUAUGCUAUUUUUUAAGGAAAAGCGUUCGGUGAAUGUUUUUAAGCACACAAUUAUGUCAAAGUCUACUUAUUUUUUGUGAGCAGAUUGGUAAUGUGAUUAGUCAGGCUCAAACAACAAGGGCUGCAUGGGGCUCCCAGAGAAUAUUAUUUGGUUCUAUUAAAGGAAAUGUGAAGACUCUUGGUGACCUACUGACAGAUCAAAUUUUUGGACUAGUCUUUAACGAGAUUCUUUCUGCAGAGAAUAUAUACAAGAGACCCACCACUUUUAGCAGGACUUUGAAGAACCAUUCAAAUGUACUUAGUUUUAAGUGUCCUUUAUUCAGUUUAUUGUAGGCAUAUUGAUGAGAUUUUUUUGCUAGACUUCACUUUGUAGAUGUUUUUUUCAUUUAGUUUCGUAGUAUGUAUUUUGAUAUUCAUUAUAUACCUUUUCGGAACCAAAAUAAUAAUACACUGGUGGGUUAUUUAAAUAGUCUACACAAUGCGUC